AUGUACAAGUCUGUCUCUGCAUUCGCACCCAUCGCCAACCCCAUCAACUGCCCAUGGGGCCAAAAAGCUUUCAAGGGAUACUUUGGCGAGGACCAGCAACAAAAGUGGAAGGAGCAUGAUGCGUCAGAGCUGGUCAAGCAAUGGAAGGGUCCUCUUGAGAUGCUCAUCGAUGUGGGCACUGGAGACAACUUCUACAAGCAAGGCCAGCUUCUACCGGAGAACUUCGUCAAGGCAGCCAAGGAAGCUGGCAAUGACAAGGGCAUUCAACUGCGCAUGCAGCCCGAUUACGAUCACAGCUACUACUUCAUGGCCACAUUUGCUGACGAUCACGUCGAGUGGGCGGCGAAGCAUCUAGGCGCAUAG